AUGGAGAUUGCGUUUGCUAGAAGGAAGUUGUACAAUCAGUUGCCUUCUUCUUACUCCUACUUUUCUCGUUGUUCUAUGUUAAUUGCACGAUCCUUUCAAAGGUCAUCCGCCAUCCUCCAAUCGCCCACUGCUAUCAGCGGAAACUAUCAGCUCAGCAGCAAGAAGCCAAUACUAUUGUCUCGUCCAGCAUUAUCGUUUACAAGAUCGUUCACCACCUCCGCAGCCAUGUCGACGUUUCCCACCCCGUCGUUGGACCCUCCGAAGCAUGAGAUGGUAUACUUUCCCCAGAUGACCACCUCGCUGCCGUCCAAAUCCGCCGAGUUUCGUCGUGUGCUCUGGACGGGCCUGUACUCGCAGGUCGUGCUCAUGAAUGUCCCUGUCAAUGGGGAAAUUGGCGAUGAGAUCCACACCGUCGACCAGAUCCUAACCUUCACCUCUGGCGUGGGCCGCGCCACUAUCAACGGCAAGGACCAGGACGUGCAGGCGGGCGAUAUGGUCAUCGUCCCAGCGGGCACGCAACACCAGUUCAUCAACACGGGUCCCACCCCGCUGGUGCUCUAUACGAUUUAUUCUCCAGCAGAACACAAGCCCACUUCUGUCCACAAGGACAAGGCGCAAGGUGACCGCGAAGAAGAGGAAGGCAUCGAUGAGCCACCGGAGUGGAGUCAGAGGAGUAAGAAGGAGAAUGAGGCGUUGGGUUAUGUACACACAUGUGCCUCUGAUAUGGACGUGAAAUGA